UCCUGUGUUUUCCGUAUUGAGGUUUCCAGGCACUUGGAAAUGAGUACGUUGUUUUUUGUCAACUGGAGAUGUGGCUGUGAUUCAUCCUUAUUACCUUUUUCCCAACUCUGCACUACCUUUAUGGAGCAGUUACUAAAGAUACAGUCCCCAUCCAGAAACCUUGCAUCUGUCACCAGUCUUCAACAUAUACUCUGACCAGGGGACACAGGCAGGUAUGCUGGUGUCUUCCAGGGAGCAUUCUCCACGCCCAGAACCUUUCAGCUCCAGCAGAGCAAUGUCAUUUUCGUCUGUACUCUGUAACGACCCUGACAUGUAUGAGAUCCCCAUGAAUGUUCCUGUGGAUACUGUAAAACUUCGUAUAGAGAAAACUGUCAUACGAAGGAUUCCAACUGAAGCCUUUUACUACCUGGUAGAUCUCAAAUACCUGUGGGUCACUUACACCUGUGUAGCCAACAUUGUUAUCAGCAGCUUCUCUAACUUGAAACAAGUGCAUGAGCUGAGGCUGGAUGGUAAUCUGCUUUCAACUUUCCCUUGGGAAUCCCUGGCAGAGAUGCCCAACUUACGGACUCUUGAUCUUAACAACAACAAAAUGACCAGCAUUCCUGCUGAUGCUGGCCGCUACCUGAGAAACCUCACCUACCUGGACCUAUCCAGCAACAAGCUGACCACCUUGCCAUCAGACCUCAUGGACAUUCGGCCCCCCUUCUCAGGAGCUAUUGUGUCCAAGAACACAGACAUUCUGGUGACACAGAGAGUAAUCUUGGGUUUUCAGGACAACCCAUGGUUUUGUGGCUGUCGCAUUUCAAAGCUAAUUGAAUUUUCCAAAAUUGCGGACACCUCCAUUGUACUUCUUGAUCCAUUGGUUUCAUGUAGUGGACCUGAGAGCUUGGCAGGAAUCUUGUUCCAGAGAGCUGAGUUAGAGCAGUGUCUUAAACCAUCUGUGGUGACUUCAGCAACAAAAAUCACCUCCCCGCUGGGCAGCAAUGUCCUGUUACUCUGUGACGCCACAGGGUACCCAACACCACAGCUCACUUGGAAUAGGUCAGACAAUAUUCCAGUGAACUAUACAGUAAUUCAAGAAACUCCUGGAGAAGGUGUCAGAUGGUCAAUAAUAAGCUUGACAGGAAUUUCAUACAAGGAUGCAGGAGAAUAUAGAUGUAAAGCCAAGAACUUGGCAGGAAUGUCAGAAGCUGCUGUGACUGUCACAGUGGUUGGUGUAGUUACUACAACUGUAUCACCACAGAAGUAUGGAAGGAAGCCAGAGGCUGAGAGGCAGAAUACAACUCAGGAGGAAUCCAAGCAGGAACCUGAGAGGACAACCACACCUCUUCCCACCACACUGACCACCACAGCUCUGGGUAGCACUGAAAGAUCGACCAGCAUGACAUUUACUGACAAAAAGCAAUCCAGGCUCAUGUUAGAUGGAAAGAAAGUUUCAAAGGCAGUGACAAAUGGAAACAAAAAGCAGAUUGGAGAUUUAAGCAAGAAAGGUGAGGAUACUUCAUUGAAUAUGGCAGGUAUGUCGGAGCAAAAUGUUACUCUGAAGAACCUAAGAGUGAUCAGUGAAACUGAGAGAGUGACCUUAACUCGGAAAACUGUCAAUGCCACAGGCAAUUCCUCUGUGACUAUGUUAUACUCCAAGUAUGGUGAGAAAGAUAUGUUGCCUCUCAGCACUGAUUCUAACAAAAACAGUGUCACAAUUGAUGGUUUGCAACCUAGUACUCAAUAUAUGGCAUGUGUCUCACCCAAAGGUGUGCUACCUACAAAAGAGCAGUGUGUUGUUUUCUCCACUGAUGGAUUAAAUUAUGAAAGCAGCUCUGAGUUUUCUAUUCUGAUAGUGGCCAGCAGUGCAGCAUGUGUGGUUGUUUUACCUUUGAUAUUUUUCUUACUCUACAAAGUUUUAAAACUUCAUUUGAAACCAAAAUCUGUAAAGGAAGCUGAACUUGCAAAAGAGACUUAUGUGCAAUUUGAAACACUGUCGCUGAAGCCUCGAACACUGAGUGCAGGAGACCAGCUCUGGGCAUGAAGGUACACAGAUGAGUCAGAAAGACUUCUCCUUUGCUCUAGGUCAAGCAUGGAUUCUCAAAUGACCUUCAAAAGUGAGGGCUCCAGGUCUGAGUAUCUGUGCUGAACAUGGGCAAGGGUGGAGAUGAAGCAAAUAAUAGGUGAAAUUAAUUCAAAAUGGUGAUGCUGCAUCUGAAAGCAGGUUGAUGCUAGAUGGUGGUCAGAAUAUGUUACCUGAUAUAAUAGAGUCUUACUGGAUGGUGGUGGAUAGGAGGGAGAAUAGAAGAAAAAUGUUGCCUGCUUAGUUUCUUUUUUUAUGUUUGUGAUUUUGGAUGUGAAGGAAUGAUGUUGUUCCAAAGAAAAAUACAGCAUGAAAUGGUUCCAUAGUUAAAGAUAUUUUAUGGUUUUAAUAAAAUAUUCAGUUUUCUUUCAUUUUACCACAUUCAGGACGCUCCUGCCAGGUGGCAACUGGGCUGUGGCAGCCCCCCGGUGAGCUCUGCUGGUCCCAGUUAUCGACGGGUCGACGCAGAGACAGACAACAGCGAGAUGGGACUUGGGUGCAAGCUGAGAUGCUUAUUCAGCAGGUGUUGAAGCCCCAAGACCUCGGGCAGAGGCUUUGGGGGGAAUUUUAUGCUUUCACAGAAAGGGGAGAGGGCAAAGGGUCACAAACUAAUGGGUUACAAGUAAGGGAGUGGAAUAGGGUGGAAUGACAUGGAUAUGGGGCCAAUAAGAUGGAUGGGGGUGGAAAAAGGGUCACGUGGGCCUAUGGGGCAUUGAGGAUUCGGUGAUUUCCAAGGCAGGGAUUAGGUAGAGGUUGGCUCGCAGAGGCAUAUUGAUAGGGAAAACUCUGGAAAGUGGGAUAGGAUUAGGGAGGAUUGACAACUGGGAGGUGAGUCCCAGAGCCUAACAAACUAUCGGGUGAAACCAUAACUGGGGAUGGAGACAGGGGUGUGCCUGGAUUAUACCAAAUAUAACAAGCACAAUACAGGAAUAAAUCAUAACCUAAAAAUGCAACGCAACACCACAUGAUGUGCUAGUGGCAUGUAUCAAACAUGAAUCACAAUCUUCUUUAAAGCAAUGUACUUCAACAUAAUAGGAAAACAGUUUUAACUACUUCUGUCAUGAUCAUAACUUUAUUUGAAUAUACAAGUUUUCUGACAUCAGCUUGUGCUUUGAGGUGUCAUACAGCUGUUUGUACAGUAUCUUGGGUUGAAGUAUUCUCAGGCCAGUCAAGAUGGAAGUCACAGUUUAUGGACUCUUGAGAGGUCCAAUACAUGUUGUAUUGUCAUUUUGCAGAUGUUAUUGCAAAGGGCAAAGAAGCUUCUUUAGUGUCCUGAAGUUCAGGUAAGAUGUUUAACUCUGAGACACUAGGCAAUUAUGUUAACUUACAUCAGAUGAUUUUAUUGCAAAUUCUCAGCCUUAGAAUUUACUUGGAUGUGUCUGUCUAUAUACCUCAAUUUCAGAAAUCUUUGUACAGAAAAUUCUGUGGUACUGUGUAAUGCAACACACACUCUUAUUUGUCAAUAUAUUACACAGAUAUUGCACAAUAUUAAGUGCUACAGUGCAGUAACAUAAUACCUUUUGAUAAAGAGUAAGAGAAGUUUUUGUCCUCAGGGCAUGUUGGAUGCAAAGUUUAAUGACCAUAGUGAAAGUUAACUGAGUGUGCUGCCCAAUGUUUAAGAAGCAGGAAUUAAUAGUAAGGAUGAAUUCAGAAUUGCCUGUUAAUGAUAAUAAUGAAUAGUCUAUGCUGAGGCUGCUUUCUUAAUGCCUGAAGUAAAUAAGAGAACUUUUGUUGUUCUAGGUUCAGAUAUUAUGUUUAGAAGUAUGUAUGAAUUGUGCGCCACAGUUUUUCCUGAAAAUUACAGCUGUGUUGUUUUCUUGGACCUUUCUACGCCUAGAGGAACUGUUUGCUUUGCUAGCAAAUUGGAAAUUGACAUUUUUGAGAGGGAGAAAUAUUACUCCAAGCACCAAACCAAAGCUUUUUUUGUUUGUCAGCUUCAAAACAGUAGCAUUUCUCGUUGUCAGUAAUGUAGGAUGAAAUUUUGCCUGCUAGAAUGCUGACGAACUUAUCUUGUAAGGCAUAGCUUGGUGAGAGGUGUCAAAAAGCCUCCAACACAAAAUCACAGCAGGAAAUGAACACACUGAAAAAUCUCUGUAGCACCUACACCAUGGUGUCCAGUGACUAGGAUUAGUAGAAUGAGUAUUUGAGACUCAUAAAGAAGCAGGUGAGACAUUCAAAAGUGCAAAAUUAGCUUGCCCAUUUGGAAUUAGCCUUGGUGUUCCUUUCUGUGUUACAAGUAUGUAUGGUUAAAAAUCAGUCUUUCUUCUUUUUCCAUGAAUAAUUUUGAUUGCAAUGAAAAUGGUUUUAGCUUUCUAAACCAUUUUACUUUGUCAGAGUAUUUUUUUAAAUCUGGGA